UUGUAACUGUCAUUCAAAUACCUAUUACAUUUUGUAUGUUUAAAGUUCUAACAAAGCCUAAGUACUAUUUUAUUAUUUUUAGCUUUGUCAAAUGAUGUAUUUUCAUUAUUAAUAAUUAAGUAAUAACGAAUUACUUUGAGCAAUUAAUUGUGAUUUCAAUAUCAAAGUUGGAUGAUUGAACAAAACAGCGGGAAAAUUAAUAUUUUUGGCUCACAUUUUGAUAACGAUUUUUUUUAAUUCGUACUAUAAUAUUAAUUUUAUUCAUAAUUAUAAUUUAAGACUUUAAUUCAUAAAUCCGAAUUCGACUAAUUUGUAUUUCUUAUUUUGCAAAAGCUACUAGUGACUACUAGUCGGUACCCAAUACUCGGUAUACUGUUCUGUGGUAAUAGUCAAUAAUUUUGAACUAAACCUUUUAGAAAAAUGUCGGGCUCUAAUGUUUCUAAUUCAAAUUAUGAUGAUGAGAAUUAUAGUUCAACUAAUAACAUUCUUCAAUCACAAAUUGAAUGUCUGGACAAUACUGCAGUAAUAACUGACAACUAUACUCUUUAUGAUGUCCUACAAAAAUUUAAAGACCAAGUCAGAGUUAUGGCUGCAAGAGUGAGUCAGUUGGAUCAAUGUAUGAACCUUGUUAACAAUCCAGCUGAUCCAUCAACACAUCAAGAAAUACUUAAAAUUAAAAAAAGUAUCAUUAAUGGCAUAACUCAUUUAUUAAAAGAGACAAAACCUUUAAAUUAUCCUAAUUUCCAAUCUUUAAGUUCAGUAAAACUUUUAAAAACAUACGAAAAGGUAUCUACAGAAUUUAAACUACUUCUAAAUAACAUUAAACAAGAUAAUGAAAAUGUUAUUAAACGUACUGAUCGCUUCAACAAUUUAUCAAUAUUUAUGAAAGAUUUCCAACAAGAAAUAGACAAAAUUGAAGCUCAAAAUACUAUAAGUACAGAAAUGGAAACUGAAGUUGCUCGAGAAUUUAAGGAAUGCAAAUCUGAUAUGUAUACAUUAUUAUCACAAGUAGAUCCUUCAUCUACAUUGAAAGAAGUUUUGAGUUUACUAGUGGAGUGUAAUGAUGAAAAUGAAGAAGAUUGCUGGGUGGACCUUACAAAUAUGCCUCAUUUAGUCUUGCAAUGUCAUAACUUGAAAAAACAAGGAUUUGUUUUACAAAAUGAACAAAAUAAAUUUCUUUUUAAAUUAAACAUUUAAAUUAUUAUUUUAGUUAAGUUAAGUAUAGUAACUUUUUAUUAACACGUUUAAAAGUAAAAUAUCUUUUUAUUUUUAUUAAAAUGAAAUGUUAUAUUGUUACAGUAUACAAGUUUCUUAUUAUUAUAUUGUAUAGUAUACUACCAUACAUCCAUCUGCCAAUACAAACUUGUAGUUAAAGACAAGUUGUUAUUUUUUGUUUAAUUAAUUUAAAAAAUAUUAAUAAUAAUAAUAAUGAAAUAAAUCAAUGAUUAAGUAUAAUGAAGACCAUGAAUUUUCACCCUAAUCAUAUUCAUUU